AUGAGGGAUUCGGGUACAGAACCGUGGGAAAGCUUCGACAAAGUCGAGAACGCUACUGUAUUGCAAAAGCUGUUCGUGAUUUUACAAUCAGUAACGAAAACAUCUACAAUGAUGAUAGGAGAGGUGGAUGCAAAUGAUAUUCUAGGUUUGUAUUGUUUUUGCUUUGCUCCAAACUUGGAAAACUGUCAAAAUUUUUUUAAAAUUCGGUCGGGUUCUAGAUUUUGUAUAGGAAUGGUUUGCUCAAGAAUAUCUAGAAACAUUCUUUGAAC